GGCGUAUACGGAGGAACUGCGGCGCUCCCUGCAGUGGCGGCCGGUAGUGCAAAAGCUGACGUUCCCCAGUCAUCGAGGGCAGCAGGUCGAGUUGUUAUCGAAGGAGCUGUGAUAGACGGUGGAAGUGGCUGGAAAUCGAAAUGA